AUGAAAUCCAAGUCAAAAGAUCAUCAUAUACUGGCAAGUUCGUCAAAUUAAACUUCUAAUUUAUCAUCAAAGGACAGUCCUGCUUCAAUCUUUAAAGUUGAAAGCACAAAUGCCAAUAAUAAUACUUUGUAUUAAAGCUCAUCAGUUAGAGAAGGAUUAAGCCGUAAGCCAUCUCAUAACAACAUUAAGAGUUAGUUGUUGACUAACAAUAGCCAAGCUAGAACAUUAGUUUAAAAUGCUUAAAAUUAUAACGUUAGCCAAACAAAUAUGGCUUAACUGCCGCCGAUUCCAAAUAUAAAGACAUAAUCGAAGGUGCUAAUCAUGCAUUCUAAUUUAGCGACUAAAAAUGCUUGCCCGAAUGAAAAUGUAAAUAAUAACAACCGAGGAUUAACUAACAGUAAAAGUGGCAGUAGAUUUAGAGAUAAAUUUACGGCUUCAUCGUAAGCCACAGUUGUCGAUUAAAAUAAAGAAUAUAUUAAUGUAUCUACAAGCAAUAAGGACUAUAUGAGAAGUGCAAGCUAGAGUCAAAUCCCCUCUCAAAAUAUUGCCUCAGAUAAAAUAAAAUCACUUUAAAACAAUCUCUUUAACUUACUUUAGACAGAGGAUAAAGAUGAAUAUGAUCUUGAUAGUUCAAGUCUCCCGGAUCUCAAGCAAAGUUCAGGCACUAAGUAUUAAAGGCUCAUUGAUGAUAAGCUGAACAAAGAAAACAAAAAGGAUCCCCUAGCCACUAUCAAUACCCAUCAAACGUUCUCUUAAGCUUCUAAAUUCUAGUAAUCUUAGUUUAACUAUGAAAAUCAGUUGUUUGGAGACUUUAACUAUGGUAAUAACUAUACUCCUAGCAAGGAAUAGAUCAAAGAGAUAAAAGCAAAAAUGAAGAGAAAGAAGCGUAUUCAGUUUAUUACUGGCAAAAUUAAAGAAAUGUAAAAGAAAAAAACAUUUAUGACUGCGCCCGAUAUGUAUGUUGAAGAAUCAGAGGAGGAAGUUGAGUAGCCCCCUCCUCCAGAGGACUUGUACUAGCCAAAAUAGGACAUAUUUGAUGAGUUUAAUGAAAUGAUUAAAGAGGUUGACGAAGCUCAUAGAGUAGUUACGUAGGGCACAGAUGACCUGGCUGAGCUUCGUAAAAUGAUUAGAAAAACCAAGAAUAAUAUUAAUACUCAUAUAACUACAGUGGAUUAACUUAAAAAUCAACUAACUACUAUCAAUGAAAAAUCCAAGGAUGUGAUGAUAAACAAGGGUUUAAAUAAGGAUAGUAAUUUUGGCCAAGCUAAGUCAUUAAGGAAUGUGAAAAGCUAGAAAACAAUUUAAACAAUAGAUAAAACCAAGUCUAAUGGUCUGAGAAACUAAUUAUAGAAAUCAGAGGCUUAGUUGCCCAAAGUCAAAAAGCUAAAACAGAUCACAACUGAUGAUUAGAAAUUCAAUUAAGGUUUGGAGUAAAUGAUAUUCUCUGCUAGCAAUGACUAUGAUGAUGCAAGAGAAGCUAGACUGCAGCAGAGACCUAAUUAUGAGUCUGAGACCAAGAUUGAGAUAAUGAAUACUUUGCUGCAUAUAAAUGGCAGUAUGAAAGAAUUUGCUGAGGACAUAGAGGAGAGGAUGCAUAAAGCGUUUAGAGGUAAAGCUGGGAAGAAAUAUGGCCUCACAGAAGCAGAAAUAGAAUUAAGGAAGAUAAAAGCCUAAAGUAGUGGGAACAGUGGUGGACUAGGAUUUGGUAAAGUAAAGGACAAUGCCAAAGAAGUCGAAAAGAUGGCUAAGCAGUACAUGAGUAGUAAACAUGGCCUCUUAAAUGACAAGUUCCUUAGGAAAAAUAUAGCCUGA